AUGUCUUACGACGAAGAGAACGUUGCUUCCUUCUGGUGUAAAGCAUGCUCGGAAGCCUUGUGUCAGCCAUGUCGCGUUGCACACCGACGAAGCAAAUUACUUUCAACGCACAAAGUUAUUGCCAUAGACGAUGUUUCUAAGACAGAUAUACGCAUGCCUGUAUCCAUUGACAACACGUGUCCUCGUCAUACGUGGAAGACGAUCGAAGUAUACUGCCACGACCACAACGCCUUAUGCUGUGUUCUGUGCGUGACACUGUCGCAUAGAAGGUGUACGCAUGUCAGUAGCCUUGAAGAUACUACAAAGAUGUUGUCACUUGAUGUCAUCGAAUGUGAGUUAGGCAAGAUGAACGACGAGUCAAAAACAAUUGUUGAAGAGGACGAAAACAAAUUGACCACUCUCGAAUACAAUUACCAGAACAUGACCAGUAAUGUGGCCAUGAUGAUCAAGAAAGCGAAAGAUAAGCUGGAUGAUCUUCACAAACGUUUUCAAAUCGGGUUAGAUGUAACAUACCGACGUCAUCGAGAAAGUCUACAUGAACGCUUACGCAACAAUAGGAUAUUUCAAGCAAACAUUGAAAACACCAACCAACUGAUGAGGGUGGUAAAAGGAAAAAGUCCUGUCGUUGAUACAUUUAUUGUAACGGAACAAUCCAAGACACAACUUCUGAGACACGUACGGCGUUUACAGCAGAAGACUGGAGACAAACACAACACAUUUGAAUUGAAGAUUAGAUAUGACGACGUAUUAGAGAAUGUCAUCAGCGUGAUGACAUCUGUGGGAAGAUUAGAAGUCUCCUCUUCAUUGUCAUCUUCCUCACAUGACUCCUUCACAUCUAUCAGACAAAUCAUUGACAUACUCCAGGCCACAUCAUCUGUGACAUCGUUUUCCGAAUCAACGUCCUCCUCGGACAUGCUGAGUGAUGUAGGACACGUGGCAGUUCCAUCUUCGUCAAUAGCGCUUCGUAUUGACGUAUGGACUGGGUCUUUAUCUCUGGUCAAGUCUGUACAUAAAGAUUCCAUCGAUGGGUUAGGGAUUCAGUGGCUAACAGGAGGAGUAUUUAUUGAAGGGGAAGGUCUACUUGCUAUAGACGAUUACAGAAUGUUACUGUUUGAUGAUAGCUAUGAUUAUAUCAGGCAUUAUGAUAUGGAUAACUGUCCUAUUGAUAUCACACGCGGAUUUGAGCCGAACGAGUUACUAAUGACCCAGACAAAUGAGUCAGUCAUUAGGUGUACAUUUCGGGAUGGUGUCCUAACCACUGUCGACAGGAUAAGGAGAACUCAACAAUGUUGGGGUAUAGAUACUCUGGCAGAUAACGUGCUGACCGGGACUAAUUAUUCUGUCGAGAUUUCAACAUCUGACUUUAAACAGGUCGCCUCUAUACCUAAACGAGGUAACAAUACCUUCGUCGCCGCAUCACCCCGGGGACUCCUUUACCACAGAGAUGAAGACGUCAUCGUGUGUCGGUCACGUGAUGGGAAGGAAGUGUUCCGGCAUGUGUGUAAAUGUAUCAAAGAGCCACGAGGAAUUGUUGUUUAUCAGGAUGGUAAUGUAUACGUGUGUGGAAUGGAGUCGAGAGACAUACACCUGAUAUCACAUGACGGCUCCAAGGAUCGAAUCCUUCUCCCAAGCACGUAUGGAAUCACUCGACCGUACGCCAUACUUCUCCAUCAUUGUGACGUCAUGGCAGGAAAACGUGGCCUUUGAAGUGUACAAGUUUUGUGAUCAGUGAUUGGUGUAACUGCACUGACUAUCGAAAUGAUUUAUAUGAUUUCUCCAAUAGUUGUUUUACGCAAAAUAAAUACAAUUCAAGUCACUUCAUACUAUUUCAUAUAAGUUACGGGAAUUGCUUUGUGCACUCGUAUUAAUCUUUAAAUCAGAAUCGACCAGUGUGUAAUAACAAGGGGAAAGGAAAAGACUAAUAUUAUAGGUGCGUGAUAGGGUAUCCCACUCAAGGACUCAGUGUUUGAUAUCCGGGGCAAGCUAUGAGCACUACUUCAAACGUCGAUACUAAACUGCAGUCUCAUUGAUGUGAAUAAAUCAAAUGCAUAAAUGUUAUCCUAUACCAGUGAGUAUAGAUAUAUUUACGAUGUCGUGUAAGAGAGAAUAGACAGACGACUGUUUAUCAAAGUUAUUUUCUACUAACAUGUACUUAACUUAUUUGUUACUCGUCAAAUUAUUCCUCCGUUUGGUAACCUGACGA